AUGGAGCCACAGGAUCCAAAGGAUGCCGACGGCGGCGUGGAUAACAACGUGCCAUAUCCGACGGGUCGCAAAUUGAUUUCGAUCUUGGCUGGUAUUGGUCUCGUAACCUUUCUUGUGAUGCUUGAUGCGUCGAUUCUGGCUACGGCUAUUCCGUUCAUUACGAAUGAUUAUCACGCCCUGCUGGAUGUUGGCUGGUAUGGAAGUUCAUAUCAGUUGGCUAGUGCGUCUUUUCAACCCUUCACGGGAAAGCUUUACGCGAACCUACCACUAAAGUGGACCUAUCUGGUCUUCUUUUUGGUGUUCGAGCUAGGAUCACUUCUUUGUGCCCUGUCCACGUCGUCUAAGAUGUUCAUCGUCGCGCGAGCUAUUGCCGGCCUUGGAUCUUCGGGUCUACUGAAUGGAGGCUUGACGAUGAUCUCGGAGUUCCUGCCCAAGGACAAGGCUCCAGGUAUUAUCGGAGCAUUGAUGUCAGUCACGCAAAUCGGUCUUGCCUGUGGCCCAAUCAUCGGUGGAGCGUUUACUGAAUACGUCUCCUGGAGGUGGUGCUUUUGGUUGAAUCUCCCUGUCGGUGGAGUUAUCCUUCUGCUUCUGGUCUUUAUUCACAUGCCGGAUCGUACCAUCAAGCCAAAGGGCAGGGAGCUUCGGCGUGCUCUGCGAGGCUCACUAGAUCUCGUUGGCUUUGUCCUCUUCGCACCGUCCAUGAUUAUGUUGUUCUUGGCACUGCAAUACGGCGGAAACCAAUACCCAUGGAAGAGCGCCACCGUCAUUGGGCUGUUUUGUGGGUUCGCCGCGAUGCUGGUAGUUUGUUUGCUGUGGGAAUACCGUCGAGGAGAUAGGGCGAUGCUUCCCCUCUCGAUCAUUUGCCAACGCAUUGUGUGGUCGAGCUGCCUGAGCUCAUUCUUCAUGACCGGCGCUGCGGUCUCGGGUGCCUAUUAUCUCCCGAUUUUUUUCCAAGCCGUCAAGGGUAACUCGCCCAUCCGGAGUGGUGUUUAUUUCCUGCCCAAUAUUUUGCCGCAGGUUACCCUUGCUCUGGUCACCGGCGGACUAGUUCAGAAAACCGGCUACUAUCUGCCCUCCGUGGUGGCGGGCAGCGCCCUGGCUGCUCUCGGAUAUGGACUGCUAUCGAUGAUUACACCCACUUACUCUGUCGCCAACCGGAUCGGAUUUCAGGUGCUCGUGGGCCUAGGCCUCGGAUCUUGCAACUCAGUCCCAAUGAUGGCUGUCCAGAAGAUUAUCGCUCCAGCGCAGAUGUCGAUCGCCAUGGCCGUUCUGGUUUUCUGCUUGAACAUGGGUGCAUCGUUAUUCCUUCAAUUGAGUACCGUAAUUUUCUCUCAAGGUUUGCUCUCGGCGCUGCCUAACUACGCACCCGGUGUCAAUCCAAAGGAUAUCCUCGAGUCAGGUGCAACCCACUUCCGUGAUGUCAUUCCACACGAUGCCAUUGCUGGGGUCCUUUUGGCAUACUCCGAGAGUAUUCGUCAGGUUUUCUAUUUUCUCGCUGGUCUGUCAGUUGCAGGAUUCACAGUUUCGUGUUUCAUGGGCUGGAAGCCGUUCCAAACAGACAAGCCUGUCGCUAACGACCCGGAGCUUGCUUUGGAGAACACCAGUGGUGCUCCCAAGCUCUAA